UGCCGAUUGGGGGCGUGCGUCAGAAUAGAAGUUUUGUCAAUGCACCUCAACACACGACGAGGAGGCCGAGGAAGGAGGAGCACAUUCAUCCUUCCUUAGUCAACUACUCGUUAAUCUACACAUUUAUUUCUAUCAUGCAAACUCUUCGUCUUCGGAUCACAUUGUGUUCUAUUUUUCACAAUUGCACGGAUGAUCAAGGCCUAUAAAAGGGGUCAUUCGUUUUCAGAUCUUGUCCAAAAUUUCAUAAAAUUUGGAGCAAACCCAAGAGUUUUGUUGCAAGCCUUGAGAUUUUAAUUAGAUUUGGAACAAACCCAAGAGUUUUGUUGUAAGCAUUGGGAUUUUAAUUAGAUUUGGAGCAGUGUGAGGGCAGAUUGGGCCAAAUAUGGCAGAGGAUGGUAAUAUAUCGCGUUAUGUGAAGCUAACAAAGGACCACGAUGCACCUCUGGAAGAAAUACGCCCUGGGGAGCUCAAUCAGCCUGUGCAUGUUCCGCAGUUGGUUGUACACAGAUGUCGAGAGUGUGGGCAGCCACUUCCUGAAAGUUAUGAGCCACCUGCCAAUGAACCUUGGACAACUGGAAUCUGUGGCUGUGCUGAAGAUCCUGAUAGUUGUUGGCUUGGCUUGUUCUGUCCAUGCAUUCUAUUUGGGCGUAAUAUUGAGAACAUGAAGAAAGACAUGGACAUAUCAUGGGUGACACCAUGUACUUGCCAUGCAGUUUGUGUUGAAGGUGGUAUGGCAUUAGCUGUAGCAACAGCAGUUUUCCAUGGUGUGAAUCCUCGUGUCGCUUUCCUGAUAGGAGAAGGUUUAUUUUUUGCAUGGUGGAUGUGUGGCAUUUACACAGGACUCUUUCGACAAGAGUUACAAAAGAAAUAUCACCUUAAGAACUCUCCUUGUGAUCCUUGUUUGGUGCAUUGCUGCAUGCAUUGGUGUGCACUUUGUCAAGAGUAUCGUGAAAUGAAAGGGCGUUUGUCAGAUGAUAUUGCAAUGCCCAUGACAAUCAUAAAUCCCCCUCCUCCUCAAGAAAUGGUUUCUGAGAACAAGAAUCCAAGCAAUAGCAAUAACGACCAACAAAUUAAUGUAGAGAUGGAAGCAUUAUGAUAUUUAAAUCAACAGAAGGGGUUAAUUUUGUUCAACAUGUGAGAGGAUGCUUUGCAAGAGCAGUCUGAAAUUGACUUCCUAUGCUUUCAUUUCUUGUUCCUUCAGAAAGGUGGUCUUUCAGAAAAUAGACGAAAAAUAAUAAUCCCUAAGGUGGCAUUUGACAUGAUCAGCUAAAUUUAUUCGUUUAUUAUUCUAGUUCUAAUUUCUUUAAUUUUGCCAAAUUUGUGGCUUGAUUACAGGGAGCUCCCAUUUCCCACAUCUUGUUGGAUAUGACAAACAGUUUAAAGUGUAAAAUUUCAGAAAUUCUUAUUGUUGAGGUUUUAACUUUUAAUUUGAGAGCUUUUCAGUCUGAAGCAGCCUUUCUGAAUC